AUGUCCAAUGGUCACGACGACGUGUCAGAGCGCAGUCCGUUACUCAGAGAUGGAAGUCUACGCCAGCAACCACAACCGAGUGACGAUACUGAACAACAGCUGACCCAUACUUCCGCUGAUGAACAUGACGCGAACGCAGCUCUGGUUGACGAACCACCCAUAGGACGUAAGAUCCUGAUCAUGUCAUCUCUCUGGGUCGGCGUCUUCUUCGCUGCUCUCGACACGACAGUCGUCGCCACUCUGAUCACACCCAUCUCCUCGAGCUUGUCGUCUCUGUCUCUACUCAGCUACCUGGCCACUGGAUAUCUGAUAGCGAACUCAGCCUGCCAACCACUCAGUGGCAAGCUUACUGAUAUCUUCUCACGUCGGACGGGACUGGUAUUCUCGAAUGUUUUCUUUGCUAUCGGGACUCUCAUAUGUGGCUUGGCACCAAAUGCGGAAGUUCUGAUUCUUGGACGUGUGAUCGCUGGUAUAGGUGGAGGCGGCCUGAGUUGCAUUGCAACUUUUGUCACGUCAGACCUUAUUCCACUUCGCAAACGUGGUGUGUGGCAAGGGUAUGGCAACCUUGUCUUCGGAGCAGGCAUGGGUUUUGGAGGCAUUUUUGGCGGCUUGUGUGCAGACCGGAUGCAUAUUCACAUCAAUGGUCAGCUGGUCGAGGGCUGGCGCUGGGCAUUCCUGAUUCAGGUGCCUUUCAUUGUGGUUUCGGCUAUUCUGGUCUAUUUUCUUGUCAACAUACCUGUACGCAGUCCUUACAAGUCUCUAGGUUCUGCUCUACGACGAGUAGAUUUUCUGGGUGCUUUACUACUUAUCGUCACAGUUACGACUCUCCUUCUAGGUCUCAACACAGGCGGCAACCAGUUACCAUGGUCACAUCCCCUCGUCAUCGCGGCUCUCGUCGUCUCAAUCCUCAGUUUCCUCCUCUUCGUCUACAUCGAGUCAAAUCCACGCAUCGUCCCUGAACCAAUCAUUCCCGUCGUCCUCAUCGGCCGCACCCGAACCAUCCUCUGCGCCUGCCUCACAAACUGGUUCGCAACCAUGUCCGCCUUCCUGGCCCUCUACUUCGUCCCACUCUACCUCCAAUCCAUCCUCUCCUACAGCUCCUCCGAAGCAGGCCUACGAGUCGUUCCCUUCGCCAUCGCCGUCUCCGCCGGCAGCCUCACAACAGGCUACACCAUGCGCUCCACAGGACGAUACUACUGGCUCGCGGUCGGCACAAUGACCAUCUACCUCAUCGGCUCCGCCCUCCUCUGCACUUUCAACAGGAACACGCCCUCCUGGACCACCUUCGUCUACGUCACACCACUAGGCUGGGGCUACGGCGGCAUGCUAACCAUUACACUCGUCGCCAUGAUCUCCGCCGCAGCACAUGAGCAUCAAGCCGUCAUCACCGCUGCAUCCUAUGCCUUCCGCUCAACCGGCUCCACUAUCGGCAUCACGAUCGCGUCUGCGGUGUUCCAGAACAUUCUGACGAAAGAGCUACAUGAGCAGUACGGCGGUCUGCCUGGCGCCGAGGACACGAUCAGGCAGUUGAGGAAUAGCCUCGAGGGACUUAAAAACGGCUAUCAGUUACCUAAUGGCUGGAGCAGAGAUGUCGUAUUAGACUGCUAUAUGGAUGCAUUAAGGGGAGCUUUUAUCAGUGGUCUUGGCCUAGCUGUAUUGUCGGGCGUCGCGGCUUUGGGCAUGAAAGAGCAUCGUUUGCAUAGUAAAUUGGAUAGAAAGGACGAUGAUGCUGCUGGGGCAGAGAAUGAUGUGCUGGCAAAGAUAAAGUUAAUGUAA